AUGCGAUGGCUACCGAGGCUGCCGCUGGCUGGAGGAUACUUCUGCGGAGAAUGUAAAAAGAUCCAACCUAUCCCCUCAAAGAACCUCUUCGAAUAUAUCGGAGUCGAGUCUAAGUUUGCGCUCAAUGAUGAUGAACUGAAGAAAAAGUUUCGCGACCUACAAAUGCGGAUGCACCCUGACAAGUUUGCGCACACUUCGGAUAUAGAACGAUCAAUCUCAGGGGAACACUCGCGAAUGUUAAAUACUGCCAUGAAAACGCUGGGCGAGCCACUGGAAAGAGCAAAGUAUCUGCUGGAGACGGAAGGACGUGAAAGUAUCGGAGAAGUAGAAAAAUCCCAUCUGGCCCCUGAGGAACUGAUGGAGGUGCUCGAUUGGCAGGAGAGCGUGGCGGAAAUGGAGGACGAGUCGAUGCUGCAAGAAGAGAAGAGUAAUGUCAAGAAGGAGAUAGCGACGGCGAUGAAGACGUUGGACGGACAGCUGACGGCAAAGGAUUGGAAGGCCUCCAAGCGUACCGUCAUCCGCCUUCAAUACCUUUACAGCAUCCGCACGGCCGUCGACAAGAAGAUCGAAAGAACAUUUUCCAGGACAUUCAGCACCAGUGCCGCUAUGUCGACUUCUCCGGCUCCCCCCAAAGAGGAUCCGUCUGACGAGUACGCCAUGUGCCGGGCACAUCAUCGUUUUGCACGCAAGGACCCGUGCUCGUGCGCCAACGGCGACGAGGUCCAGGUUUCGCACUAUGCUCUGCGCUGGCAUGUCCAUUUUCCGUUGAAGAUGCUGAUCGGAAGUGUGACGCUGACGGCCAAGGUUCUCAAGACAACUCAGCAUGUCUGGCUUGACGUUCGCGAUCUGUCCAUCCGUUCGGUGACUGUCUGCGGAAAAAAUGCCGACUUCCGCAUCGCCCCCAACGUCUACACCUUCUUCGGCUCACGUAUGAAGAUCUACCUCCCGGUCGACUGCCAGCGCGAGGGCCAGGAAUUGGAAAUCGUUAUCGACUAUUCGACAUCCCCGGAUGCUUCUGCCCUGCAAUGGAUGAAGAAGGAGCAGACACAGGACAAGAAAGCUCCCUACCUCUUCUCGCAAUGCCAGGCCAUCCACGCGCGCUCGAUUAUGCCCUGCAUGGACACUCCCUCCAUCAAGUCCACUUACGACGCACAAGUUACCGUCCCAGCCGGCUCGACCUGCUUGAUGUCGGCGAUCAACGAGGGAUCGAAGGGAACCGACGAGGAGACGACCUUCUUCUUCAAGCAACCCGUCGCCAUCCCGUCCUAUCUUCUAGCUAUUGUUGUUGGAGUGCUGGCCAAACGCGACAUCUCCGACCGCUGCGCCGUCUGGGCCGAGCCGUCGAUGGUCGAGAAGGCCCACUGGGAGUUCAACGAGACCGAGGACAUUCUGGCCACCGCCGAAAAAAUUGCCGGCAAAUACAUCUGGGGUCGCUACGAUAUGGUCUGCCUGCCGCCCACUUUCCCGUUCGGUGGCAUGGAGAACCCGUGCUUGACCUUCUUGACGCCGACGCUGAUUUCUGGAGAUCGUUCGCUCGUCUCCGUGAUCGCACACGAAAUCGCCCACUCCUGGAGCGGCAACUUGGUGACGAACAAGAGCUGGGAACACUUUUGGCUGAACGAGGGCUUCACUAUGUUCAUUGAGCGCAAGAUUUGCGGUCGGCUGGUCAACGAGAAGUACAGGCAAUUCAUGUCGUUCAACGGAUGGACGAACAACUUGAUCCCGGCGGUCUACGAGCAGUUCAACCCGACGCACCAGUUCACGCGGCUUAUCCAAGACCACGAGAAUGUCGAUCCGGACGUCGCCUUUUCGUGUGUGCCGUAUGAGAAGGGAUCAGCGUUGCUCUUCUAUCUUGAACAGAAAUUGGGAGGACCGGACGUCUUCGAACCGUACCUUCGCGACUACCUCUCAACGUUCGCCCACAAAGCCAUCGACUCAUUCCAGUGGAAGGACCACCUCUACAAGUAUUUCCAUGACAAGAAAGAUAUCCUCGACACGGUCAACUUUGACCAGUGGUUCUUCGCCGUCGGCAUGCCGCCGGAGAAGCCCGUCUAUGACGAGGAGAUGCUACACGACUGCGAGGCUCUUUUCAAGCAGUGGAUUGAGGCCGAUGAGGCUGCCGUUAAGACUAUCACCGCUGAGCGCUACCAAAAAAUGCAGCCCCUUCAACAAAUCGAAUUCCUCAGCCAGCUGUGGCAGCAUGACCCGCCAUUGGAGCACUACAAGCUUGAAGCACUCGACGCCCUCUACAAGCUCAACGACAGCCAGAAUUGCGAGAUCGUCUUGAACUGGAUUCGCGUGUGCAUCAAGGCCAAAUGGGAGAAGAUCAUCGACAAGGCCAUCUGGUUCGUCGAGUCGCAGGGCCGUCUGAAGUACUGCCGCCCCGUCUACAGGGCCCUCUACGCGUGGCCGGUCGCCCAAAAGCGCGCCAAGGAGACGUACCUGCGCACGCGCAGCGAGAUGCACCCGAUUACCGCCGAGAUGAUAGCCAAGGAGCUGCACGUUCGCCAUUCCACCCACACCGUUUGCUUC